AUGGGACUUUACGACGUCGAAACCGACCAUCGGAGCUCUAUCGAGUACCAAUUAUCAGACCAGCACUUCGUGAAGCAGGGUUGGACCGUGCUACCGAUUGCCAAAACCAUGACGAAAAUCGUCCAGUACCAAGCAAGGCUUGCGAAACCUCAUCUGAACUGGUUCGAGAAGCACAAACUGGAUGGAAAAAUCUAUUACGACGAUGGAUCUACUGUUUUCCUGAAUUUUCGUAUCGACGGAUCGGGCCAAGUGUUCCAUCCAAAUGGAAAACUGGCCAUCGAGGUCUGCAGACCGGAAAAUCGAAAAUACGAUAUGUGUACUGUGUUCAGCCCAGGGGGCAAGGAUUGCGUGGGCGUGGAGAGGAAAUCGGAAAUUGUCGCGGUGUUCGACACGACGGGCAACGGUGCUGUCUUCGACGAGGACGGCGCGACGAGGCUGUCCUACAAUCAGAUUGGAGGAAUUUCGAGGGAUAAUCCUGCAGGACCGUCGCUGACAUGGAAGUGGGACGCCGAUGAGAAGAAGUCGAUAGUCAAGACUGUAUACGCGGAGAAGCCAGCAGCGCAUUUGGAACGAUUUUUGCAUCCACGAUUGCGACCAGCGUUAAAAAGUUCCGGAAGUGGGAAAGCAACGGCGUCUCCGGCGAGCUCGCGGAAUAAGGAGAAGAAGGUCGCGGAACAGGAACACGUUGUCGCGGCGCACGACGAAGAAGAAGAGGUCGCGUCCAGAGAAAACUUUCGCGAAGAAACUUGCCAUCUGAAGGUGAUCUGCAUGAAAUUAACCGAUCAUGUCAGUUUGAGGAUUCUAAACAGAAGGAAUAUCAAUCUCCAGUUUUUUGCUGUUGGAAAAAGCAUUAGAAUAGAAUUGGGGACGAUUUUGAACCUCGACAAGGAAGUGAAAUCCUAUUUCGUGGACUCGAGUUCCAAACACGCCAUGUUAAAGUGUAAAUUCGAUAAACUAUCGUCCGCCAAGUUAGAAGCGGACAGCAGUUUGCUGGUUCUGGCCAAGAACUUGCGAGAAGUCAAGAAAUCGGCCGUACAACGUAAACUCAUGGUCGCCAAGUAUAGACCGUAUUUGCGCGCGUGGGAACAAUCAAAAACUCGAUGUCGUCCGUGA